AGCCCUUUGCGGGGUAAGGCGGGGUAAAAAUUGCCCGAGGGUGGGACAGUAGGGGUCACCUGAGCAAUGCGGGGUUACUACAGGCAAAGGGUUGGUCCCGUGGUCUGGUUCUGGUUCUGGUUCUGGUCCAUCUGGCUCCUCCUUUCUCCUUGCCGCUCGCCUGCUUCGCCUCGCCUCGCCUCGCGAAAAGACUCCCUCACAACCUGCAAGGCGACUCUACCCACAAAUGCACGAACCAUGUCCUCGCUUUCCAGCUAUCCCACUGCACAUUCGCUCGAGUCGAAAUCCCUCUACAGCUCCUACUAGCUUCCAUUGCCACAUCGACAUCAUGACUGCAGAAAAAUACGUCCGCUGGGACGAGUCCGAUGUAGAGUACGGUGCGGGCAAGGAGGAAGACGAGUUGAUCAACGAGAUCAGUCGUCAGAUCAACACUGCCCAAUCUGCCCACUGGGAGGAGCAUCGUCAUGCCUUUAGUGGUACCCAUGUCAAGACGCACGCUAUCGUCAAGGGUGAAAUGGAAGUCUUGGCAGACUUGCCUCCCCAGCUCGCCCAAGGAUUCUUUUCCCGCCCUGGGAAAUACCCAAUUGGACUGCGCCACUCGACGGAGACGACUGCGCUUAUUGAUGAUCGAGUUCGUCAACCUCGUGGUUUGGGAAUCAAAAUCUUCAACGUUGAAGGACCCAAGUUGCGUCAGGAUGGUAAAGAUCCCAAGACGCAAGACUUUGAAUUCAACUCUGCCCCUACUCUCGAGUUGGCAAAUGCUCGCACUUGUAGGGAUAUCAUCGGUCUACGUCUACAGCAUGGUGGUUGUCCUGCAGAUCUGGACGCAGCAUUGAAAAAGCGAGACGACUAUGAAUCUCAAGAUGCGCGAAACAGAAUUCCCACUAUUCCCCUCUUUUCACAGAGACAGUACUCCCAAUCUGCCUUUCGCUAUGGAGACUAUAUAGCUAAAUUUGCCCUUAUUCCAGCUACAGAGGUUGGAGGAGCUAAAUGUCCCAUGGCCCAAGUUCAGGACAAGGACAAGGAAUUGACUGCUGCUGAUGGACCGCAUGCUUACAAGAGUUACACUACCGAUUUUUACGCCCAUCAUGAAGCCCUCUAUGACUUCCAAGUCCAACUACUCGAACGAGAAUUCUUUGACUCGAAUGGAAAAGGAGACUUGAUUGAAGAUGCUCGAAUCGAUUGGCCACAGGACAAGUAUCCUUAUAUUACCGUAGCCAAAGUGAGAAUUCCACCACAGGACGCUUUUAGUUUUAGAAGAGUGGCCUUUUGGGAAAAUGAAAUUCGAGUAGACCCUUGGCAUGGACUUGUGGUUCAUAAGCCAUUGGGGUCCAUCAACCGUGUCCGAAAAGGAGUCUAUAAGGCGUCGAGCGCUUUUAGGAGAAAACUCAACAAUACCCACGAGGUGACUGUAUCCAGCGUGGAUGAUAUCCCAGACUAAUCGUGUCUGUGCGUACGAUGCGGUAAGAUCACGUGGUUCGACCUUUAGUUAGGCCUCUUUUCUUCUUCUUCGUUGCUCUGUCUUCGGAACGUCUGGAUCGUGUGAAGCAAUGUAACAAUGUAUAAUCAAUUAUCCUACGUCGUGAUGUCGCUUCGAGCGACCCAAAAAGCCAGUCCGCCAAUGAGCAGCUAUCUAGCUAGCUGACCGACUGACUGACUGACUGACUGACCGACCGACCGGCCGUUCAAUCUAUCCAAACAUA